AUGGAAAAGCAAAUGUCUUUCCACGGCAACAAAAGCUCAAUGAUCUCGGACUAUGAUAUCGGUUGUCCAAUUCCCGACGUCCCAGAAUCUGUCUUCGGGGAGUUCAAUUGGUUUCUGUCAGCCAUUACGCUUGGUCGGAUUCUCUCGCAGGCAUAUACAUGUCUCUUCUCAGUCAGUGCCGCUUUUCAAAGCACUGAGGCGCACCAUGUCAUGAUCGAUGAGAUUGAUGCUCGGCUAAAGAAAUGGCGAACAGCGGUGCCUGUGGGCUUUCGACCUGGGAUGCCACUUCAUGACUCGCACUCCCUGUCUUCUUCCUUCACGCAGCCGAGCAUCAAAAUGAUCGUUCUCCAUAUCAACUUCUCCUACUACGCUUUAAUCAUCGCCCUAGCGAGGCUUGAUAUCAACAUAAGCAGACAAACCCAGUCCCGCAGACAGGAAAAGAGCAAACGAUUACUCAUGGAUACCGCAAGAGCAGUCGUGGAAGGAAGCAAGAAUGUCGACAUAGCUGCCUACACGCCAAAUUUCAUCCUGGCCGUUUUACCUCUUGCAGCUCUAUUUAUCCUAUUUGAUUUUGUAGUCCAUAAUCCAACACACCCGGAAACCCGCAGUAACCUGGCGUUGCUGGAUGUAGCAGCUGGCCACUUCAGUCUGUUAGAUUACAAGUCUGGAGGAUUCUUGCCCGGGUCAAUUCUCACCGAAUUUGCACAUAUCGCACGGCAGUUUGUCAGGGACUUUGACGUUAAUCAAUUGCGACCUCCACAGCAAGAACCCACUGAGCUGGGCUCGUCGAUUACUGGAUUCCCACCUGUUGACACCGAGGUUUCCAUGCAGCCAAGUGAAACAAACAAUGAUAACACUGCCGUUGGGUUACAGCAUGAUAUGAUAGAAUCGUGGUCACCAAGGGACUUCCUAUACUACCCCAUAACGCCAGAGACGACCUUGCAUGGUGCGCCCGAGAAUCCGAGGACAACCCCAUAUAAUAUUCAAACUUUGUUUGGAUUCAUGGUCCCAGAGUUUGGACAUGAUCAGUAG